AUGGCGAACCACCUCGACCAGGACGAGGGCGUGCAGCAGCCCAACCAGCCCGCCCUCUGCGAGAACGGAUGCGGUUUCUUCGCGAACCCGGCCUGCGGCCAGUACUGCUCCAAGUGCUACCGCGAGAAGGCGGAUCGCGAGCGCGGCUCGGCGGCCAAGCCCAUUAGGCCGCAGCUGGACGCGGCCGAUGUGCCCCCCCUGGCGCCAGCGGCCCCCGCGUCGCGGAAGCCGAGGCUUGCGGAGCCAGCCGUUCCGCCAGCCGUCCCGCCAGCCGUCCAGGGGCCCAGCGAUCCCGCGGCGGCGGCCGGCGUGCAGGAGCCCCCCGAGCGGCCGCACUCGAAGCCCGUGAAGGUCAGGUGCCCGGUGUGCCGCCGGCGCGUGGGCCUGACGGGCUUCGCGUGCAAGUGUGGGAGGGUGUUCUGCGGCGAGCACCGCUACGCAGAGGCGCACGAUUGCGGGUUCGACCACAAGGGGGCCGAGAGGCGCAAGAUCGCCGAGGACAACCCCGUCGUCCUGGGCUCCAAGCUGGACAGGCUGUGA